AUGGUCACUGUCCUUGAAAGUUGUCAAGUUUCUCCACCACCUGCUACUAUCUCUAAGAACACACUUCCUCUCACCUUUUUUGAUUUUCGUUUGGUUCCCUGCCCUUCAAUGAAAAAUCUCUUCUUCUAUGAAUGCACAAAGGUUUCCAAGAAUAAUUUUAUCCAGUACAUCAUUCCAAGCAUUAAACAUUCAUUAUCCCUCACCCUCAAAUACCUCUAUCCUUUCGCUGGAAACUUGAUAUUACCUCCAAAUCCUGGUAAGCCUCAAAUCCGUUAUUUAGAAGGUGAUUCAGUCUCCUUGACCUUUGCAGAGUCUGGCAGUGAUUUUAAUCAUCUAACGAAGAAGAAAAAGAUAAAUGCGAUAGAAUUUCACUCCCUUUUGCCUCAACUUCCACCAGCGUCCAUGUCACAUGACACACUAAUCCUUCCAAUUGCGGCUUUUCAAGUAACACUCUUUCCAAAUUCAGGCGUUUGUGUGGGAGUCAAUAUCCACCAUGUGGUAGCUGAUGGCACCGCCGCCGCCUUGUUCAUGAGAAUGUGGUCUUCAAUCACGAAAGGAGGAGGAGAUGCAGCAUGCUUCGGUGGUGAAUUUGAGCCAUGUUACGAUCGGACUCGGCUCAGGGACCCUAAAGGGCUUGAAGUCGAGACCGUUCUGUGGAAUUAUCUCAAGAAAACAAAAUAUGAUGGAUCACAAGCACCAUUGCCUACCAACAAGGUUCGAGCCACAUUUGUAAUCAGUCAAGCCACCGUUCAACAGCUAAAGAAACUAGUGCUAGCCCGAUACCCCUCUCUAUCACGUGUAACAACCGUCACUGUUAUAUGUGCCUAUGUAUGGUCUUGCAUGGCAAAGGCAAGAGCAGCAAUUGGUGAAGAUAAGGCAGCUGAAGAUGAUGAAGAAAUAGUAUAUUUCCUCAAUGAAGUAGAUUGUAGAACUCGACUGGACCCGCCUUUGCCUGCAAAUUAUGCGCCUGCCCUAGCUAGGGUUAAGAUGUCCCAGUUGAAGGGAAAUGACGGUUUUGUCAUUGCAGCUAAAAUCAUAAGAGACUCAAUUCAUAAAAGCUUGCAUGAUGCAGAAGGAGUACUGAAAGGAGCUGAGAACUGGAUGCCAGAGAUGAACGCAGCAUAUAAAGCUGGGGUUUUUGAAAGUUUUUCAUCACCUAAGUUUAACAUGUACGGUUUUGAUUUUGGGUGGGGAAGACCUAAAAUGAAUGAAGAUAUUUGUGCAGAUGAAUUUAAAGCAGUUUUAAUAAGUGAUGGCCGAAAUGAAGGGGACACUGAAAUUUUCUUAUCAUAUCCCAAGCCUAUAAUGGAUGCUUUUGCAUCGUUUUUCAGCAAUGGGCUUCAAACUUUAGACGAUGAAGUUGAAAAACUUGGAGCCAACCACUCCAUACGGA